AUGAGCAACAAUAACAACAACGAUUGGAAAUCCGUGCAAAAUAAGCCAAGAACUGGAAGAAAAACUCAAUCCAAUAGUGCUACAUCCACUACACCCACUGGUUCAUCGACAUCCUCCUCAUUAUUUUCCUCCGCAUCAUCAUCCACAACCAGUGGCAGUACUUCAGGCUCUUCCGCCGUCGGAUCCAAUAGUAUCAAUUAUAAUGUUGUAGCAGCAACAGGAUAUAAAACUGCUGCUGUUGUAUCCGUGCCAAACCUUGAAUCAAGGGGAACAAGUAUGCAGCAUCAUCAUCACAAUAAUUUGUCUGUACCAUCCUCCUCCUCAUCAUCAUCAUCUGCUUCUUCAACAAAUCAACCAUUGGAUAAACAUCCACUAGGUCAUACAUUUACAUUUUCCUACUUUAGAAAGGAGAAGGGUAUUGAUUAUGAAGAUUGUAUGAAAACUGUAGGCGAUUUUUCAACUGUGGAAGAAUUCUGGGCACUCUACACUCACAUGAAAAGACCGUAUGAGCUUAAAGUAUCGAUGGAUUAUCAUCUAUUUAAACAAGGAAUUAAACCCAUGUGGGAAGAUGAAAAAAACAAAAACGGAGGCAGACUCAUGCUUCGAUGUAAAAGUGGCUAUUCUGCUCGAAUUUGGGAAGAUUUACUCUUAUCUUUCAUUGGUCAACAAUUUACAAAUGACGAUGACAUUAACGGAGUGGUAAUUUCUAUUCGAGACAAUCAUGACAUUAUUUCAAUCUGGAACAAGAAUGGAGACGACGAGAAAAUUCAAGAAACAUUGAAGCAUGAUGUCAUGACCUUGUUGAACUUGCCUUCCCAAACCAAGCUCGAAUACAAGGCUCACAAGGAUGCCAUUCAAACACAUACCAAGAUGCUUGAAUUGUGGGGCAGUAAUUUUAAACCAAGCGAUGACACUGACAUUCAAGAUGAUGCAGACUUGACUGAAUCAAAUCAAAUUGAAGAAACAACAAAACAACGAUAA